AUGGUGACCCAGGCCGGUGGGCGUGGCCGCGGUGACCUCACCUGUCACUCAGGUAAACUUAACUGCGACAACAAAAAGCCACCAAACACGGAAGUGAGCAGUUUUGCCGUGGCGGCACUGAGAAACUUCCACAUCGUCGAGCUUGAAAACGCGGACAAAGUUUCGAUACUGAUUCUCGGUCAAACUCCGGUUUCAGUUCCAGAUCCACUAUUUACAAAAAUGACAUGCACAAGGCCGGGGUCCAGUAUGGUGGUGGUCUUUUUCCUGAUCUGGUCGCAUGCUCUGGGCUGUGACUGGGACCAGUCCAUUGAUCCGAAUCAGGGUGUGGAUCCGGCCUCCUUGGACGCCGGGUUGCUCCAGCUGGAUGGGAUCAGCCAGGCGUCGGACCCGGAGAGCUGCCGGGCGGCGUGCUGCAGCAGCGCGGACUGUGACCUGGCCUUGGUCGGGUACCCGAUGGAUGGACCGCCGCAGUGCCUGCUGGUAAAGUGCUGGGUCCAGGGCCGGGACGUGUGCGUCCUGAAGCCCAGCACUCAGUUCAAGGCUUACCGCAAGGAGAGACAGGCCCAGACAGAGACGAGGGAAGGCGGGGAGGAGCACCACGUCGUCCCGCUCCUGGAGCAGAAGAGCAACGAGACCAACAACAUUCGCUGCCGCCUGCCGAUGAGGGUGGGUUCGUGUCGGGCGGCCUUCCCCAGGUUUUACUACGAUGUGACCAAUCAGAGCUGCCGGAGCUUCAUCUACGGCGGCUGCGAGGACAACGGGAACAACUUUGAGUCCCAGCAGGAGUGUGAGGCCUUCUGCAGCGGAGUCACAGGUUCGGUUCUUCCUGAUGAGUCGACUCCUGCUCCUCCUCAACUUCCUGUCAAAGCCGUUCGAAUGGCUCCCGCCUUCAGAACAGAUGUACCUCAGGAUGAUGAGGAUCGAGUUUAUUCUGAACCUGCUGCUACAGAGUCUGUUCGUGCUCAGGAGACAGAAAUGUCAGCUGAAGACUUUGCUGAGCGCUGUGAGGCGGGGCCUGAUGCGGGUCCCUGCAGAGCGGCGUUUAAGCACUGGUACUACAACAAGGAGACGCGUGACUGCCAGUCGUUCAUCUUCGGAGGCUGCAAAGGAAACAAGAACAACUACGUGAGCAAGGAGAGCUGCAUGGCUGCGUGCACAGUCACUGUGCUUCCCUCCUUCAAGAAAGACACCCCUGAUGACGACGUUUCCAAAGAAUACAAAGAUCAGUGUCUGGUGAAACCUGACCCCGGGCCCUGCCGCGCUGCCUUCCAGAUGUUCUACUUCGACCCGAGCACCGACACCUGUCAGACGUUCAUUUAUGGCGGUUGUCGUGGCAACAACAACCGUUACAGCAGCGUGGAGGAGUGCAAGAGCCGCUGCACCGCACAGGGUUUCUUUGACACUCGUGGCAAAACUCGUAACCGCUGGACUCCAGCUCUCUUCCUCUUCACCACUCUGGCGGUCAUCUCUGCUCUGAUGCUGGCGACGCUCAUCGUCAUCACGCUGAGGCGUCGCGGUCUGUCCCGCCGUCCUUCCUCCGUCAGUGAUAAACAGGAGCUGCUUCCAGACCCUGAGGAGCAGUUGUCUGUGGAGUCUCUGACCAUCCCAGAGAGCCCCAAACCAGACAAGGCCUGAGGACAGGCCCUGGAGAGAUGAUCCACCUCAGAACUGAGCUGAAAAGAUGUUCUUCCUGUGAUUUCCUUCAGGUGGUCGAUGGCAAAACUCAGUGAAACUUUUAGAGAAAGAUGUCCCAGCUGAUUAAGAAGUUUGACCCUCAGUAAGGUGUGACUGUGAUGUGUUCGAUCACAGGAAAAACGUGGAUUUCAGUUUUGUGGUGGAUUUUUGCUUUAAACUUUAUGAGUUAAUCUAGAAAUAUCAUCUCAUCAGUGUAGGUCAAAGGGGAAACUGUUCAUGUUUGUAACUUUAUAAAUUAACUAAAAUCUUUCUUUUUGUCUUUCAGUGAGUUGAUUUUGUCUCUGGAAAAAAACUCAAACCAAAUGGUCUCUCUCGACUCCUUCAUUGAUUAUUGUUUAAGUGUCUUGGUCACAUUAAAGGAGCAGUUCUGCAUUUAGUGAAAUCUUUCUGCUCAUCCACAGUUUCUCCCUUGUAUCUGGUUUUUAUGCUAAGCUAAGCUAACGGGCUGCUGGCUGUAGCUUCAUGUGACACAUGACAGAACGUCACAGAACAUGUGACUCUCAAAGAGGAAGUUGUUUGUUUUUAAAGAUGAGUAAUAAUAAUACUUUCAGACAAAACUGUUGUCUGAAAUAUUUCUUAGCUUGUGUGGUUUCAGGUUUUAUUGACUGAUUUUAUUUUUCUUUUGUUAAAACUCUGGUAAGAUAGGAAACAGAAACAAUUAAUCCAGUGCCUUUUAAUUGUUAUUUGAAAUCUUUAACCACUGUAAACUUCAUAUUUGUGUUUUAUUUGUACUUUGACAAAGUCAGCAAUGUGAAGGCGUCACUUUGAUCUCCGGUGACUUAAGCUUUUACAUUUUAUGCAUUGAACAAUUAAAUGUGCAGCCAGGACAGCCAGUUUUUAAUAAGCUGAAUGGUUUGAGGUUGAACAGAGUUUCAUGUUUUGUCUCCCGUCAUUUGAAAACAAGAACAUAUUCAGCCAAUGGGAAGAGACGACCACAGAAAUCAGACCUGAGAAAACAUCUCGAUCUGCAAAGUUAAGACUAAACACACUGUAAGAUGAAACAAAUUAAAAGCAAAUCGCUAAAAAUAUGUCAAAGCUUUGCAGUCUGACUGCCAAAAAGCCUACAUUUCCCACAAUCCAGCUGGAUCAUAUCUGAAUUUAGAGGCUCUCUAGUGUUGAAUUGUCACCACUGAGUCACAUGAUUUUACUGCACUAACUGCUUAAUUAUUUCUUGUAUUUGCUCAAGUGUUGGAUUAAUGUGAUUUAUCUGUGUUUCUCAAUGGAAAUUAUAUUCCAUACUGACUUUUGUUCUGGAAGAGAACUGUAACAAUAAAAUUCAUUAAUUAUGA